GAAGGAGAGAGAAAUCUAACGUGUUUUUUUCGUAAUAAAAUUCACAUUUGGUGUAUUGAGAGCAUCGCGGCCAACAUCACGUCGUAAUAUGGUCGUCUGCUUGAAGCGUUUACUUUCGAAAUGCAUCGUAAAGGAAUGCGCGGAUGCUGAGAGGCCGGUGUGUGGAAUGCGCGCGUUGUCACAGCGACAGAGCGACUUGGAUACAGAACGUCACGGAAUGAACGUGAGCGCGCCUAGGAAGAAAAGAGAGAUAGCGAAAUGAGCGCGCGCGCGCGAGGAGAGCGAGAGAGACGGGUAAUCAAAAAGCACAGCAUCUCUUCCAAUGCUAAGGCUCCCGGAAUAACGGGACCGCUGUAACAUUCGCUGUCUCGGAGCACUGGAGCCGAUGGUGAGCACCAUGACCACCUAGCAGGACUGAGAUGCUAAGGAUGCCGAUAGAUUCACUUCAAGUCAGUGUGUAAAAUCAGCUUUGGUUACCGGGACUAUCUGAAAAUAGUAAUAUAUGUCAAGACAAUGCUGGUUAGACACUUAGAAGAUAAAAACAAGACGCGAAUUAAUCUUCGAUAUGCUGGGAUGGGAAAGACAAGCUGUCGUCUGCUAACACCAAUUUCAAAGGACAAAUUCAGCUAGACUUAAUUUACGUAACCUAUACUUUGCGUAAAUCGAGCAGCGCACGUACGCAGUUCUUCAUUUCAACCGUUUUAUUCUUAAUGUUUCCGAUGUCAGUAGAAAUAGUGAAACAUUUACAGCUGUUCUCGGACAACGGAGAAUAUAGUAGGGUUUUUCAGAGUGUCUGCAUAUAAGAAAAUGCAGCUCAUGCUGAUGGAAUUGCCCUGACAACAGAAAAAACGAGGAAAUACCCACAGAUCUCCUUAUAAAUUAACCGCGGAUUUCUGCCUGCUGGUCAUACCCAGGUUCAACUAUCAUCUUCGUGACUAUUUUGACUGACCCGAUGAGGACAGCUCAGGGAGAUGGAACGUAACAGACUAUUCAACUUCACUGUCUGCUUCAUUUCGAAGAUAACCCACUUGUGCUGAGCACGACUAUAGUUGCUCGUCCACCCCAACCCUUCCACAGCCCCCAUUCCUGUUUUCCCAUCUUGUUCCCUCCUCUGAAUCAAACAGUUUCACUUGUUUGUCCUCUAUGGUUUAAUUUAAUUUACCCUUCACCUGUGACGAAGCACAGAGGAGGUUAACCGGUGAAGUAAAGAAGGAAAGAGAAAGAGACAUGUAUCUCACCUAUUCUUGUAAACGUGACUGGGGCCAUGCCCGCAAUUCAGAAAUUACCCACACGCUCUUCAUUUUCUGGUUGACACUUUGGAUCACAGUGGCCUCAUGCCAACGCAUCGAUCCUGGUACGAAGUAUCCCACUGUGACAACAAACUACGGCAAGUUGCGUGGGAUCAAAAAAGAGCUCAACAACGAGAUUCUGGGUCCAGUAGAGCAGUACCUGGGUGUCCCAUAUGCCACAGCGCCGAUCGGAGACCGCCGCUUCCAGCCACCUGAAGCUCCUGGGUCCUGGCAGGAAGUGCGUAACGCCACGCAGUUCGCCCCUGUGUGUCCGCAGAACUUGCAUGGUGUUUUGCCUGAGAUCAUGCUGCCUGUUUGGUUUACCGACAGCUUGGACGUAGCCGCCACCUACAUCCAGAAUCAGAGUGAAGACUGUCUCUACCUCAACAUCUAUGUGCCCACAGAAGACGGUCCACUCACAAAAAAACAUGAUGAAUCAACACUGAACCGGCCACGAGAUGAAGACAUCCGUGACCGCAGGAAGAAACCUGUCAUGCUGUUCAUUCACGGUGGCUCUUAUAUGGAAGGAACUGGAAACAUGUUUGAUGCCAGUGUGCUUGCUGCGUACGGCAAUGUCAUUGUAGUCACCAUGAACUACAGACUGGGAGUUUUGGGUUUCCUCAGCACAGGAGAUCAGUCUGCAAAAGGUAACUAUGGCCUGUUGGAUCAAAUCCAGGCCCUGCGCUGGCUAAAUGAGAAUAUUGGACACUUUGGUGGCGAUCCUGAGCGGAUCACUAUCUUUGGCUCUGGUGCUGGAGCAUCUUGUGUCAACCUGCUAAUCCUGUCACACCACUCUGAGGGGUUGUUUCAGAGAGCCAUUUCUCAGAGUGGUUCAGCCAUCUCUAGCUGGUCCAUCAAUUACCAGCCCUUGAAAUACACCAAGAUUCUGGCACGUAAAGUGGGAUGCACAUAUGGGGAGACCGCAGACCUGGUGGACUGUCUCCGCCGAAAAAACUUCAGAGAGCUGGUGGAUCAAGACAUCCAGCCAGCCCGCUAUCAUAUUGCGUUUGGACCUGUUGUGGAUGGAGAUGUUGUGCCAGAUGACCCUGAGAUCUUGAUGCAGCAGGGGGAGUUCUUGAACUACGACCUUUUGAUUGGUGUAAAUCAAGGUGAGGGACUAAAGUUUGUGGAUGAUGGGGGCACUGAGAGUGAGGAGGGAAUUUCAGCGGCAGCCUUUGACUACACCAUCUCCAACUUUGUAGACAACCUCUAUGGAUACCCUGAAGGUAAAGACAUUUUGAGAGAGACUAUUAAGUUCAUGUACACAGACUGGGCAGACCGAGACAAUGGCGAUAUGCGGCGCAAGACUCUUCUCGCACUAUUCACUGAUCAUCAAUGGGUGGCGCCAGCCGUCGCUACUGCCAAGCUUCAUGCUGAGUACCAGUCUCCCGUCUACUUCUAUACAUUCUACCACCACUGCCAAACAGAGACAAGACCUGAAUGGGCUGACGCGGCACACGGGGAUGAGAUUCCGUAUGUGUUUGGGGUGCCCAUGAUCGGCGCUACAGAUCUUUUCCCUUGCAACUUUUCCAAAAAUGAUGUCAUGCUUAGUGCUGUAGUCAUGACAUACUGGACCAACUUUGCCAAGACCGGGGAUCCCAACUUACCUGUUCCUCAGGACACCAAGUUCAUUCACACCAAGCCCAAUCGCUUUGAGGAAGUGAUCUGGACCAAGUUCAACUCUAAAGACAAGCAGUAUCUCCACAUAGGCCUUAAACCUCGUAUCCGUGACAACUACCGUGCAAACAAGGUUGCCUUCUGGCUGGAAUUGGUUCCACACCUCCACAAUCUCCACGAGGAGCUCCUGAGCUCCACCACAACUCGGUUGCCUCUGGGGACCACCCGUACUCCACACUGGAAGGGCCAUGUACCUCGUACGACACGCCAUCCCUUUCCUACAUUCCCUUCAGAACCAGAUCCAGAUGGUUCAGAGCCCCCGAGAUUCUCACCCUUCCCGAGCGACAUCCGGGACUACUCCACUGAAUUGAGUGUGACGGUAGCUGUUGGUGCCUCUCUGCUCUUCCUCAACAUCCUUGCCUUUGCUGCACUUUACUACAAACGGGAUAAACGACACGAGAUGCGACGGCACCGACUCUCCCCGCAGCGUGGCGUGGCCGCUAAUGAUUUAGCACACAGCCAAGAAGAGGAGAUUAUGUCGCUGCAAAUGAAGCAUUCGGAGCAUGACGCGCAUCAUGACAUGGAGCCGUUGCGGCCGCAUGAUAUUUUACGACCUGCGUGCCCACCCGACUACACGUUGGCCCUGAGACGGGCACCUGACGACGUUCCGCUAAUGACCCCCAAUACCAUUACUAUGAUUCCUAGUACCAUCACUGGCAUGCAAUCCCUUCAUGCUUUCAACACCUUCCCCACAACCACCGGCCACAACAACACCUUGCCCCACCCUCACUCUACCACCCGUGUAUAGUACCGCCCCCGAAACAAUUGCAUAUCCAGAUUUCGCUAUCUGUCCAAACUUUGAACAAGCGUAUUCUGUUCUCUGCCGUCGUCACAGACAAAUAUCAGAGGACUGCUAUGCGUUGUGCACACUUAUAGGGGUGUGUUUGUUGUGUCUGACUCUACAGUGAGCAACAGCAUCAGCCAGCAGUGACAAGUCAUUUGUCUUUUACUGGAUUUCAACUUGCUGUUUGUUUUUCCACAAUGCCCUUACAUAGACGGGGAUAUUUCUGAAGGAGUGACUGGUUGAUGAUUGACUAAUAAUCCGAUAUAAGGGGAAAUAAUACCAUUUUUCCCCACUUCUCUCACUGAAGUGGCAGAGUACAGAUAUCAUGUUUCCAUAUACUUUCAUUCGCUUUUAUCCGUCUUUGUUAUUUCAUCACAGUGCUGUCACUACCAAAUCAUGCGUCUCUCCUGUGAGCACUAUUUGAAUGUGAUCUGUGAUCUUGAAUUAUGUCGUACAUGAGUUAUAGGGGCAUUCGCUAAAACAAAAUGUUGUGUUUACCUCCGGUCUUGUGUCAAGUAUUAAAUUAUACCUUGUUACAACAGAUACAGAGAAUGAGAAAACAUGAUAAUGUCUGACAGGAGACAAAACAAAAGUGCCAACCUACUCUCUCUUUCUCUCUCUAUCUCUCUUACUCAAAUGUUUUUAUGACAUUACAUCACAGGUAUUUGAUUUCCCUGUGUUAUUUCUUAGGCUGAUUUUUGUAUGUACAGAUAUACAGUAUAGACAAAUAUAUAAAGAAUGAUAUAUAUUUACAUGGAUUGCUCAGUGGGAUCUAUGCAUGAAAUAUUUUUAAAGCAACAAGUACACUGAGCUGAAAACCCUUACGGCACAUUUUUGUUUUGCAUAUUUGUUUACAACUUUUAAUUUGCUUGCUUACAACUAUUACAAAAAUGAUGUCAGCAUCAUACAGGCUAUAACCUUCUCAUCACUAAAAUAUUCUCUCUUUCAUCCCAAUUCAAUAAGGCUAUUGGCAAAGUUCUUUCAAAGGCUUUUUUAAUAUUCAAGUUGUUCGAGUUUGUGCCAUACCAUUGUGCUGUACAGUACAUUUAGUGCACAAGUGAAUGACCAGAGCUAUCGGUGAUGGUCUGGCCAGUUUGUUUAAAGUACCACACAUGGCAAAUUCAGAUGUAGCUUUUCUACCUCUCUUUCAAUGGCCUGUGAUGUGUAUAUAACGUUUAGCUUUUCAUUAUCUUCUUUUUCAGAUUCAAAAAAUUCAAAUUCUUACACCUUACUCUCCUUCUCCUCUCUUUCACUCUACAGAUGCUCUGUUUGGUAUUUGAGGACCCAGUUAAGUAAGCAUCUUUUUGUGUACAUUUGUGUAUGUAGACACAUAAGAACUAUUUUCUAGCCACUGUCUCUUACCAUGUACAGUACAUUUGUUUUAAUGUAAGUGUGUGAGGUAAAGCUGUAUGUCAGCAGUUUUGCAGUGGUAAUGAGUGCAUGUGACAGAGAGAGAGAGAUAAACAAUAGAUUGUUUGGAGAGAGACAGACAUACUUUGUUCUAGUUUUGAAAAACAACAAAUGAGCAAAGGCUCCUAGUAAAAAGUCUUGUUUCUUUCUUUCUCUCUCUCUUUGCCACCAAGCAUCUACCCACCUUCAUGCCAUGGUACAUUCAAAAUUGUUUGUAUGAUGUGAACUUACAUUAUAGGUUCAGUCUAAGUUUAUAAACAGCUCAUGUAUGUUUGAUGGGUCUCACAUCUAUCUGCACUGCACACCUGACUUUUUUUGGUUAUGACAAGCACAGCAAAAAGAGGGGGAGUGAACCAGCUAUUCUAAUAUACACAAAUGGUUUCUCUAAAACACGCCUUCAGGAUAAAGAACUAAUGGCUUAAAAUCAGACCAUGUUUUUUCAUGCUUUGUUAGUCUUCGUUUUCUUUCACUGCUGUAUCAUGAAGGAUGAGGAUUCAUCACUGUUGGCUCAGCUGCCAGUCUGUUGAGUCAGAGAUGCCUGGGAUAUUUCUCUCUGCCAUACACAGGACCAACAUAAUGGAGCAAGAACUAGUGUCAGUUUGCUGCACAAAACACUACAACAUGAAGAAACUCUUCAUUGCUAAGAGAUCAUUCUGGAGGUUCAGUACUGAAUGACAUUAAAAGCCCAGGGGAGGAAAAUAACAACACAACAAUAAAUGAAGGAGGAGACUGUAGUUAACUGCAGACACUACAGGAGAUUAUUUCUGGAUGUCUAAGAUUAUAGAUCUGACCUGUGGAUACGUAUCAUCUGUGGACUUUUAUGUGGUUGUAGGUAUUACUACUCCGUUUUAAUCCAACUAUAAGGAGUUAACUAGAUCCGCGUACAAAACGACUCAAUUCCAAUAAUCAAUGCCGAUUUACGGGACGAGUUUAGAAUCUUUAGUUAUUUUUCUGGUUUGUUUUUGUACGCCCGGCCACUAGAGUGUUGUGAUACAUACAGAAUAAAGACUCUACAUCCGUAAUGAGCCAUUCAUUGGGUCUACAGUUUGGGUAUACAGAGAGAGAAUGAGAAAUAGAAGUUAACUGUACAAUUUAAGUGUAAGAACAAACCAACCGAACUAUUUGUAAAUAUUCAGUUACUUGUUUGUUUGAUGUUUUGUUUUCUCAUUUGUUUUUUUAUUCUGGUCAAAUAAAAUAUGAAUACUUUGUGACCAGGACAACAGGUGCAAGUUCUAAUUCAGCCACCAGCAAAACUGAAAAUCUCAUUCACAGGAGGUUACAUUUUAUUUCUGCUUCUUCACUUAAUUUGGGGAUCUGUGGGUAAAGAUGAUUUAUUGCUCUUGUAUUUAGGCAUAAAAUAAUGUGUAUUGUAGCAUAUCAAUGUCACUUGAAUCAUCACAGCGAGUCAUGUUUUCGUACAUUUUAAAGAUACUAAAGCUACCAGUUCACAUAAAAUGCUGUGGACAGAUCUUUUAAAUGGAGAUGGACAGUAACUGGAUUUUAUCAGAGGUACUCUACUGAGUGAAACCAUUGUUGCAUUCAAUUCUUACCAAAAGACAGUAGAGAAAAUAAAGGGAAAAGUAUCAUUUAAUGGUCACAUUUUUACACUUAAGAAUACAUUUAAUCAUUUUGAAUAAAUUAAGCAUCUAGUGAAAUAACGGCAUAAUAAGUACAUGUAAGGCCUUGAUCUCAUUGUGUGAAUUUUGAUGAUUUAAAAAUUACAAAAUAAAUAAAUGAAGCACAUGUUAUUAUUAAGAAUAUCAAAACAUUUUACUGGGUCCUAAUUUACACCUGUUGCCCUGUUUUCCUAUAUAUGUUCAGAAACCGAAAGCCUCGAGAUGAAGUAUAAACAUGUUAAUAAUGGGUUUUUAGAAAAGAACAGAUACAAUCUAUAAGGUCAUGAUAGUUCACUUUAUUUAGAGGUUAUUAAAUACUGUAUGCUGUGACUCUGAUCUGGGAAAAAUUAAAGACAUUGAUAGCCAGACAUCAGACUCUGUUUUCUUUUAAUUAAAGGACCAGUCCGUGAAGUUUAGCGGCAUCUAGCGGUGAGGUUGCAAAUUGCAGUCAACAGCUCACUACACCCCUCCCUUUCGGAUCACUACUAGCUGACACAGGACAAAGAUAUUGUCAUGUUUUCGCUUCUUUGCCGAAGGAGAUAACGUAUUUACGAAACGCACUCUGUAGAGCAGUCUGUACAUUUAGGGCUACUGUAGAAACAACAUGGUGAAUUCUAUGUAAGGGGACCCGUGAUGUAAGUAGAAAUAGCCCAUUCUAAGGUAAUAAAAACAGUUCAUUAUGUAAGGUCUUUAUACACCUCUGAAGACAUAGUUAUGUAUAUUAUAUUUCAUUUCUGUCAGUAGAUCCUCUUUA